AGCGCACGCGCACUGUCUCCGACGGUCGCGCAACAGUCGCGCGGCGGAGGAUGCGCACAAUACAGCUCACAUACAACAGAACACGGCGGACUCCGAGUGUCUUCUGUUCCUUUAGUCUGCACUAGAAAGACUUCAUUCAUCCAGUCUUUCGUUUGAUGCCGCUCAGAUGUGUUUUUCUUCUCCUGUUAUUCCGGAUCAAACCUCCGGCGGAGACGCGCAUCACAGUAAUUGAACAGAACCUGUGAUGAGAAUCUUCUUCUUCAUCUGUGUCUAGAGCUGAUAAACCAGACAUCGGGACCACACCAGUUAUCCCUCUAACACCACCAUCUCUGAAUAUCUUUCUGGAUUAUUCCUCAGAAGUGGAUGUUGGGCAUCGUGGAGACCAUGAUUACUUCCAGAGCUGGAAUAUUACAGACUAAUCUCGUUCGGUCAAGCAAACUCGAUUGCAGUGACAGAUCGCUCGUGUGAGUCAAACAGACUCUUGUUCAGGACGCGCGUUGACCUCUAUAGCACGCCGUGACGUUUAGAUGCUUUAGUACCCGACACAAGAGAACGCUUUUGGCCCUGCGGACGGUGGAGCUCAAAUGAAUUGAGAAAUCUUUCAUCAAGACACGUUUGGAAUAUUAUUCUUUUGACAUUGGGACAGAAUUCAUCCUGAAGGAUCGUUGGAUGGCUCGGCCCGGCUCUGGUGUCCUGGUGUCGAUGGGAGGAGGGGGGGCGGGAUAUUCUCCCAGCAUGGCCAGGGUGGUGGUCUGGGAAUGGUUGAACGAACACUGCCGCUGGAGGCCGUACAGCGCCGCAGUUUGUCAUCACAUCGAGAACGUCCUGAAGGGCGACGCACGCGGGACCGUCAUACUGGGACAGUUGGACGAGCAGCUCGCGCCGUACGUCAUAGACCUGCAGUCCAUGCAUCAGUUCAGACAGGACACAGGCACAAUGCGUCCCGCCCAGCGCAAUUUCUACGACCCGUCCUCGGCUCCGGGGAAGGGCAUUGUGUGGGAAUGGGAAAACGAUUGUGGAUCUUGGACGGCUUAUGACAUGGAGUUGUGUGUCAGCGUUCAGAACGCGUAUGAGAAGCAGCACCCGUGGCUGGACCUCAGCUCUCUCGGCUUCAGUUACGUGGUGGACUUUGACGGGAUGUCCCAGACCAACCGCCAGAGUCAAAGAAAGCGCCGUAUCCGCCGACGGAUGGACCUCGCCUACCCGCUCAUCGCCGGAUCCAUCCCCAAAUCGCAAUCCUGGCCGGUGGGCACCAACUCGGGCACGCCGUGCACGUGCCAGCAGUGCCUCCUGGUCCACAGCACGCGGGCGGCGUCCAAUGCCAUCCUGGCCCUGCAGCAAAGGAGGAAGUUGUUCGGGACGGAGGGCGGGGCCAAACAGACUGGAGCUGUCGUGAGACAGAGCAACACCUUCGCCGGCACUUCCCUCUGGUCUGCCUCGACGACGGUUGCCGGGGGUCAUCAUAACAACAUAUCGAUAGGGGGAGGAGGGGGUGGGAAGGUGGAGAUGAGCGGGGUCAAUUUCCCAUGCACCCCGGCGCUGGUGACCCUCCCUACCAAACACUUGCUUACUAUUAAUGGACAGAAUAAUCUGAACCGCCCGGGGACGCAGCGAAUCACGGUGACGGCAAACCGUGGAACCAUCCCACCUGGGGUUCCUGCUCUUCCAGUGAAGAAUCUGACAGGAUCAGGACCGUUUCAUCCUGCAUUAGCAGGGAUGACUGGAAUCCUGAUGUGUGCCGCUGGGCUCCCUGUGUGUUUGACUCGAGCCCCUAAACCCAUCCUGCACCCGCCGCCCGUCAACAAGAAUGACCUGAAACCUGUGCCCGGAAUCAACAGCAUCAGACGCAAGACCAAGAAAAAACACACACGCAGAGGUAAAAACCCUCAAGAUGUCGUCCGGCGCUACACUGAAAAAAUCAAAACGCUCCCAGAUGAGGACUGCACCAUCUGUAUGGAGAGACUCAACACAGCGUCCGGAUACGACGGCGUUCUGACCUUUAAAGGCAUCAAAGCUGAGCUGGUGGGCAAACUGGGCAGAUGCGGUCACAUGUAUCAUCUCCUGUGUCUGGUGGCCAUGUACAACAACGGAAAUAAGGACGGGAGUCUACAGUGUCCCACCUGUAAGGCCAUUUACGGAGAGAAGACGGGCACACAGCCGCCUGGGAAGAUGGAAUAUCAUGUGAUUCCUCACUCUCUACCCGGUCACUCUGAGACUAAGACUAUCAGCAUCGUGUAUGACAUCCCUGCAGGGAUACAGACCAAUGAACAUCCAAAUCCUGGGAAGAAAUACAGCGCACGAGGAUUUCCACGACAUUGCUACCUGCCGGACAAUGAGCACGGCAGACGGGUGUUGAAGUUGCUCAUCACGGCGUGGGAUCGUCGCUUGAUCUUCACCAUCGGGACGUCCAGCACCACGGGAGAGACGGACACUGUGGUGUGGAACGAGAUUCACCACAAAACCGAGUUCGGCUCGAACCUCACGGGUCACGGAUACCCCGACCCCAACUACCUGGACAACGUGACGAGAGAACUGGCGGCGCAGGGCGUGGGCGAAGACAACCUGAAGGACUGAGAGCUGCUCUGUGUCAACGAAGGUCACGUGACUGCUACACGACUCACUCAGAGGAGGAGUUUCAUGACCUCUGACCUGAGAGGAGGAUCGUCCUCACUGCUCUGCCGUCAGAUGAUGUGGAUGAAUGACUCUUGUCUCUUUCCGACUCGCUAUCAGCUUUUUGUCUCUCGCUCUGUGAAAGUUACCCAGAAUGCCGCUGGGCUGAGUGCGCGGCGUGUGGUGGGCGUGGCUAAUGUUACAGUAUGUGCUUAUACAUAAUGCAAUUGAAUGAGGUUCGCACGAAAUUGUUGAAAUGCAACGUUUGUUUGAAAAGAUAGUUACACGAAGUUGACAGGAAGUAGUUUAUAAUGCAUUUAAAAGCUGAGUGCUUCUGUUUGUCUUAUAAACGUCUCAACAUCACCAAAUACCGGCUGGGUUAUCUGUCAGAUAUUUUGGUUUAUAACUAUCGAUAUGUGUUCUUUGCAUAGGGUGACAGAGAUCUUCAGUUUCAUUGGUGAUUUAAAAUGAAUAUCUGAUCGAUCGAGUGAUGUUUGUGACACAAGCUAGGCCAAAUUUGUUCUCGAUCGCUCUCUAAAACCAGCUUGUAGGGAAUUCUUGUGGAUGAGAUCAGUAAGCAGAUUCUUUCGGGGAUGUUUUUGCAACCGCUGCAUAAAAUCUCUGCACUUCAAAACAUUCACAUCUUUUGAACUUCACACCAAUCAGCGCACUGCGGACGGAUGAGACGCGAGCGCUCUUCUGUUUUCUCCAGCACAUCUGAAGUAUUUAUGACGACGAUGAAGUUGAUCUUCUUGAAAUAUGCAACCAUUCGUUUCUCUUGUUUGGUCUGUGUUGGUCUUUUCACGCUUCCUCGGCUGUGUUCAGAACUGAGAUCUCGCAUGCAUACCGAAUACUACACACUAUAUACUGUAUACUGUACUGCAACGAUCAAUCCCAGAGGAGAACGUUAUUGCUCGCAGGUUUUCUCGCUAUGCACACUGCAAAACAUGACAUUCUUACCAAGCAUUUUUGUCUUGUUUUUCGUAAAAAUUUCUUCUUAAAUCAAUAUACAAUUAGGCUACUUGACAAGAAAAGUGACCUAAGAGGCAGUUUAUACGACGCCGUUUUCGAAAACUUUUAAUGCGUUUUAGCCGUUCGUUUAGACGGAAACAGCGUUUUGGGGCGAGUGACAACGCAAAAUUUUGAAAACGGGUCUCAAAGUGCAACUUUUUGAAAACGCGCCAUUUUCAUUUCCAUGUAAACUGCAAGACGGAACUUUCUGAAAACGAUGAUGUCACGCGCAUGCGUAUAGUCAUCUACUGUAUAUAUAUAUAUAUAUAUAUCUGGAUUUGAGUAAAUUUGAUGAGAAAUGUUUGAGUUGAUAUUGAGAUCUUCAAUAAUAUUGACUUUUGAUUGCAGACGAGACCAAUCUGAGCUCAAAAUCUAAUGACAUUGUGAGAUUUGUGAGACUCUUUUUCUCAGUAGACAUGUCUGAGACACAGACGAGACAAGUUUGCAUGAAAUCUUCCAUUUCAUCUCAUUGGCGAAAUUGAAUUAAUUUGCAUUUUAAUUCAGUUUAUUUUUGUACAACCUUUUUUUUCAAUCGAAUGAGUCAAGAUGGUGUUUAUGAUCUCGGCUGAUGUAACUUUAUUCAUCACUUUGAAAAUAGAAUAACAGACUGCAUUGCAUUGUUUGAUGUCUGGUUGUAUGCUGCACGUGUCUUGUUGAAUACACAGAUAUAACCGAGGUGUAGUAUGCAGUAUAUAGUGCAGAAGGCGCAGUGUGCUGUUCUGAACGCAGGAUCAGAUAAAUCACAAAGUCUUUUCAGAGACGUGUCGCGCUGCACUUUUAACAGAGAAACACACGCUCAUUAUGCCGCCCGUGGAGACGAGAGCGGAUCGCAGGUUAUCCAUCACGACCCGGGAGGCGUGUGUUAUUGCCCUCCUUCAGUUCUCGCUUCCGUCCGUGUGCUGAUGUCGCUCGUCUCUUAGGGUGUGUGACGUCACAGGCUCGCGUCCCGCUGGGUUUGUGAAGGGCAGGUCAUCGUUGACUGACGGCUGAAAUGUAAUUCUUCUUCUCCGUCUGCGUUUCAACUGAAAGCCAAAGGCUCAGUUUCUCUGGGAUGUGUUUUGCUUCUCUGUCUGUAAAAAGAUCGUUUCACUUGACUCACGUCUGAAUGUUUUUCUUGAUCCCUACAAAGCUCAUAAAACACGCGAAGUUUAGAGCGACGGAUGUUUGUGAGUCACGUGAAAGGGUUUUGUCACGGAUGCUGUGGAAAGCAUCAGAUCUUCUGUCUUCCUCGGUCCCAACCGCCGCUGCUGUCUGAUGAUUUUCUCCUCGCGUGCUUUUCUGCCGCGUGCAUCUUCAGUUGUCAGUGUCUUGCAAUGCUUUAAAAGAAACGUAUAAAGACAAAUAUAAACGAAAUAACAUAUUUAAAAGUGUUCUAUAUAUUCAAAGUGUAUGUUUAAAUUAUUUUUAUACUUGCGUAUGGCACACGUGUUCAUUCACAUGUAUCUACGCGCACACACAAACACACACACAUCUGACAAAGUUUGUCAGUAACGUCAGGGACUGUUAAAAUGUGUUUGGAGCGUCUAACACAAGUAAGCAAUGAUGGCGGUCGCUACACUGAUGUCGUGUUCAUGUCGAGGGGGGGACGGGCGUGACUUAAACCCUCCCACACAAGCGGGUCGUGUCCCGUUCUAUAUCUGCAGGGAAUAUUUCAAUCAUAAAACAUUAAUAUGAACCAUCUGACGUUAAAAACAAGAAGAAUGCUCCUGUAAAUCUACAUUUCACUGUAACUUUGAGACACGGCCGCCUUGUGAAUCUCACAGAAUGUGUUUUUAUGACGCUCUGACCCUUCACACGGGCAGCUGACAUGAACAUGACGUUUGGUUUAGAUUUGAUAUGAAUGUUUUAUUAUAUUAUAUAUGAUUGUGUUUGUUUUUCAUCUUCAGUAGUCCUGCAGUGUGACAUUAAUGCUUCAAUAUUCUCUGUAGUUUUCUCGAGGAAUAUGAGCUCAUAGAAACGUGCAUGCUAAUAUUACACGUGUGGUGUGAAAUGUGUUUAGUUAGAGUCACACUGCAGGACGCGACUCUCGCGUGUCAACUACACACACUCCAGAAACAGUUCAGAAGGUUCUAAAGACGUGACGGGUUUGAGUUCAGUCUUACACAAAAAUAAAGGUGCGUAAAAGGUUCUUCACAGCGAUGCAAUAGACGCAUUUUUCAGCCAAAGGCUCUUUAAAGAACCCUCUCGUUCUUACUUUUCUAUAAUCUGAAGAACCUUUUUUCGCCACAAAGAACCCGAAAGGUUCUUCAGAUGUUAAAGGUUCUUUAUGGAACCAAAAGGUUCUUCAAUGGCAUCGAGGAACCUUUUGAAGCACCUCUUUGUUUAGCACACCUUUGUCUUUGUUUCCGGAGGAAUAUGAAAAUCUCUGUAUUAUAAACCGGGAUUGUUGUUUAGUUCAUGAACUGCUGUUGAAUGUCCAGAAAGGAUGGAACUGAAGUAGAACGGAGAUGAAAUAUGUGUGAGAUUUGGUGUGAUUAUGGGAUUGCUUUUAGUAGACCAGCAGACGCUGGCGUGAUGGCCGAUGUCUUGAAAGGUGAUGAAUUAGAUUUCCUUCAUUUGGCCGAAUGACAUCAUUUAUCAUCUGUCCGCACGGAUCCACCAAAAAUAACUGGCACACCCCAUUUUGACAUGUUUGUGCUCAUUAUUCCGUCUUUCAGCUGCAUGUUGUCUUUGAGCUCUUAAAUCAUUUGUGAGAGAUACGAACAGGCGGAAGGUUCGUGUGUGUUUAUCGUGGCUCGGCUGAAGAUGAACAGAUCUGGUGACAUCAGACCAUAUGGUGAUCAAAGACCUGCUGGCUUUACUGAGCCGAGCCAAGAGAAGAAAACAAUCCUCACAUUCACGGGUGUGUUAUAAAAUGCAUUUGUGACGGAACUGAAAUAGCAUUUUUUGGAGCAUGAGAACGUGUUUCCCGAGAGACCGUGAUGAGAUACUGCUGAAUCGUUUUAUAUCUGACACACAUUUAAAGUGUGUCACAGCCUGAAAGAGCAGAUCUCUCCUCUUUAUCUUUCAUAUAAACGAUAUUAUUAUGAUUACGUUUCAGGUCAUGUGAAGUGUUUGGUUGUAGGGAUGCUGAUCUGUCCGACGGUUGAUGUCAAAUAAAAUUCAUUUCUUUCUUUCGUUCAUUCAUGUCACAGAACUCUGACAGGCAAUAGACUUAACAUUGACACUGGAUUAUCAAAUAUCAGACGAAUUGUUGUUUGAUGAAACAAAACCAAGGGCUUUUAAGAGACAUGUCUUAAUGAAACUUGUUAUGAUCUUGUUGCAUGUCUGUGUUUCCAGUGAAAUAAAUCCACUGAGAGGAGAAUUAUCAGA